AUGCAGCAGCCGACUCUGCCUGCAGAUGUUGUCACCCUUCCUGAGACGCUCACCAAGUUCCGGGAGCACGCCCUCAAGGGGAACUACGCCUUGGCCCAAAGAUACCACGAGCAGGGCACGGCUGCGAUCGAGAGCCUUGUCGCUGGAAUGGACGGUGACGAUUCGAGACGAGCAAAGUGGACUGGCCUCGCAACUGAAUUGGACGCUGAAUUAAAGAUUGUCAAAGACAUUGUCAAAGAACUGGCCCGGACCGUGUCCUUGGCUGGGAGCUCUGGCCCCACCGAAGAGCGCCGGUCAUCCGGUGGCGUAGCGUUUACGGCGGGAGAGCCGGGUGACCUUGCGGUGCGAGUCAGCAGCCGUGAGAACCAACACCAACAACACCACAGCCGGGGCUCCAUCAUCGACGGUCGCAACCGCCAAAAUAUUGGUGGUGCGGUGGACAGACUAGACCUUGGUUUGGGAUCUCUCGCGAUUGAUCCUGAUGGUCCGGUAGCAACAGAUGAUCCAGACGUUUGGCCGCCACCGACCCCGGAUCCUUCACGCGGCGGAGCGGUGCUACAUCAAGCGGGAGCGGCUGCCGGCGGUGGUCCAGGCUCAGGCCUAUCCCCAGGGCCACGAUUUGGCGGCGGGGUUGCGUCGUCAAAGUUGGUGCGGAGAGAAGUCGCCGCGGCUGCCCUGGCAUCGGAUAUGGCGCGGCAACAGCUGCCAGCCUGGGCGAGAGCCGGCACGCCGGCGGCCGGCAACGGCUCCCGUGCUGGCUCCGGAAGGGAGAGGAGGGGUAGCAGCGGCGGCGGCGGCGGCGGCGGUGCGGGCGUAGGUGGUGGGUUACCCCGAAAAGAUUCCGUCGUGCGAGGACGGAUGGUGAUCGGCGGGGCAGGGGGGGCGGGGGGCGGAGGAGGGGGGCAGAUGGGCAACCGACGGAAUAGCAGGGAUCAAGUAAAGGUGGACCCUAAAGCACGCCGAGAAUCGAAGGACACGGGGGCAGCAGGGGCGGGGCCACGUCGGAGGAGGUCAAGCUUUGGUGGCGGGGUCGGAGGUGGUGCAGCAGGCGGGGCUGAGAGCCGAGUCGCCGGCAGCGUUGACCCGGCACGGGCGGCGGGCGGAGGCAGUAGGCGGCAGCAGCAGCAGCACGGGGCUGGUGCAGCGGCUCCAACGUCGGCUGGGCGGGCGGAGGGGCGGGAAGGGAGGAGAGGGUGGGCACCGGAGGCAAAGCGUCAGGGAAGCCCGCCGGCUGUCACUGGGCCAGCGCAGCAACCGCGGUAUUCGGAUUUGGCGAGGGAAGAGGGCUGGGCAGACAGGGAGCUCAUCGAAAGCCUUGAGCGAGACAUUGUGGAGCGGGGAGUGUCCGUAACCUGGGAUCAAAUCGCGGACCUGAAGGACGCCAAGCAGCUUCUUCAGGAGGCGGUGGUUCUUCCCCUGUGGAUGCCCGACUACUUCAAGGGAAUCCGCCGCCCCUGGAAAGGCGUCUUGAUGUUCGGCCCCCCCGGAACGGGGAAGACGAUGCUCGCCAAGGCCGUCGCGGCCGAAUGCAAGACCACGUUCUUCAACGUUAGCGCCUCUACGCUCGGCUCCAAGUACCGCGGAGAGUCCGAGAAGAUGGUCCGCGUCCUGUUCGAGAUGGCUCGCUACUACGCGCCAAGCACGAUUUUCUUCGACGAGAUCGACUCGUUGGCGGGAUCAAGGGGCAGCGACGGUGAGCACGAGGCGAGUAGGCGCGUCAAGACCGAGCUGAUGGUGCAAAUGGACGGCGUUACAGGAGGGGGCGGCGGGGACGGGUCAUCGCCAGGUGACCAAGGGUCCGAUGAAGCCGGGGGUGGUGGGGGUGGGGGCGGCAGUGGGGAUGGCGGUGGUGAUGGAGCCUCAGGGCACGGGGGGGGCGCCAGCUCCAAGACCGUGAUUGUGUUGGCGGCAACAAACACGCCGUGGUCGUUGGACGAAGCCCUGCGGAGACGACUAGAAAAGCGCAUCUACAUCCCGCUGCCGACCGAGGUUGGCCGCAAGGAGCUCUUCCGCAUCAACCUUGGCGAUGUCGAGGUCGACGACGACGUUGAUCUAGACGCGUUGGCCGGUCUCACGGAUGGUUACAGCGGUGCGGACGUCGCCAUAGUCUGCCGCGACGCCGCCAUGAUGUCGGUGAGGAGGGUAAUGAAGGGGGCCCUCGAAAGGGGGCUUUCCGGACCGGAGAUACAGAAGCACGUCAUGGAAAUGAAGGACGAACUCGCGGCCGCUGUCACCAUGGAAGACUUCCGAUCGUCUUUGCGCAAGGUGUCCAAGUCAGUGGGGCAAGCGGAUCUCGACAAGUACGACGAGUGGAUGAAAGAGUUCGGAUCAGCUUAG